AGACCAGUGAAGUAGUACAGAGGCUUCCUGAACGUGAUGUACUCGUACAACUGCCCAUACGGUUUGGCAGUUACAAGGCUUGCCUCCAUAUGCAAUGGGACGACCGAGCGGGAUGAGUUUUGGCCCAUGUUCUGCUCUCCUGGGCGGCAUGAGCUGUUUUCAAUUAUUUUUAUUUUUCCCCCUCUCAAUGGAGAAUUCCCCGUCUAUUAUGCUCACAUGAUCUGGCUUUCCGUUCGACUAGGACAAGGAAUCAUUUUCCGUGGAGCAUACGUUACCUUCGUUAAUUCCUUUGCUUUCCUUGAUCGGGAUCCUCCGACAUCGCAGUUGUGUGAGGAUCUGACUGGUAAUUUGGGCACUACCCCAAAUAUGGUUAAGUCAGAAAAUUUCUUCGUUCAUUGUCCAAUCAGCAGAGGCUAUCCCCCGCGAAGUGAUGGCAUAUCGCACUGGGGCCGCCUUCUGAGUAAAAAGCCUAUUGUCACUCGAUUAAAUCUGUCGGACAAACUGGUGAAGUCGUGGCCCAGCGUUCAUAGCUCUAGGAGUGACAAAGCCUGCCCCCGAACUAAAAAGAAAAGAGUCAUCUUGAUUCUGACACAGACCAUCAUUCUUCUCCCACUACAAAUCCGCAGCGCAAGUCCUUCUUGCCCUCAUCUUCCACUUUCCCUACCCACCACCAUUUGUCGCCUUUUGUAGCGGCCGAUUCAGAUAUAUCAAUUGAAUUUUCCUCAUCUUGUUUUUCAGCCACUCUUCGUCAUGUGCCCUCCGGCGGAAGGUAAUAACAACGGCGUCAACGGCCACGCCAACGGCUCCGCCAAUGGAGUCAUGUGUAUGAUCAACGCCAUCUGUAUAUUCUUCGAUGUCAGGAAUUAACUUCUUUCUCAUGUACAGCCCACGAAGGUUUCACCGCCAUCGAGACCGGUCAGAAUCCUCAUCCCCAGCGUCAGCGAAACCCUUACCAACCGGUCGGUGAUUUCUUGAGCAAUGUUUCCCGCUUCAAGAUCAUCGAAAGUACUCUCCGUGAAGGCGAACAGUUCGCCAAUGCUUUCUUCGACCGGGAGAAGAAGAUUGAGAUCGCUAAGGCUCUUGACGAGUUCGGUGUUGACUAUGUGAGUGCCCUUGUAAUUGUAGUUGGGUGCAAUACAUGCCCAUGGAUAUGCGUAUCUAACCUCAGGUUUUACUAUU